AUGGCCAUUGAAAAUGACACGAGGGUCACUGAAUUCAUUUUCACAGGUUUGAGUUACAACCCCCAGUUUCAGGUCUUCCUCUUCCUGCUCUUCCUGAGUUUCUACCUCAUCAAUCUCACCGGAAACUUGGGUAUGAUUAUUCUGAUUCGGGUUGAUUCCCGCCUUCACACGCCCAUGUACUUUUUCCUCAGCCACUUGUCCUUUGUGGACAUCUGCUUCUCCUCUGUUGUGAGCCCCAAGAUGCUCAUUGACUUCUUCGUGAAGAGGAAGGUCAUCUCUUUCUUGGGCUGUGCUUUGCAACAGUGGUUUUUUGGGUUCUUUGUGGCAGCAGAGUGUUUUCUGCUGGCGUCCAUGGCCUAUGACCGCUAUGUGGCCAUCUGCAACCCAUUAUUGUAUUCCGUUGCCAUGUCCCAGAGACUGUGUAACCAGCUGGUGGUUGGUCCCUACAUCAUCGGGUUCGUGAACACCAUGACCCAUACAACGAAUGCAUUUCAUCUUCCUUUUUGCGGCCCCAAUGUCAUUAAUCAUUUCUUCUGUGAUAUGUCCCCCCUGCUUUCCCUCGUAUGUGCUGACAGCAGGCUUACUAAGUUGGUGGUUUUUGUUGUGGCUGGAACUGUGGGAGUCUUCAGUGGUCUGACUAUCGUGGUCUCCUACAUUUACAUCCUCAUUGCCAUCAUGAAGAUCCACUCUGCCGAGGGCAGGCACAAAGCCUUUUCUACCUGUUCUUCUCACCUGACGGCUGUCUCCAUCCUAUAUGGUACUCUUUUCUUUAUUUAUGUACGGCCUAGUGCAAGUUUCUCAUUGGAUAUCAAUAAAGUGGUGUCGGUGUUUUACACAGCAGUGAUCCCCAUGUUGAACCCGCUUAUCUACAGCUUGAGGAACAAGGAGGUCAAAGAUGCCAUCCACAAGACGGUUACUAGGAGGAAGAUGUGUAGGGUCUAA